AUGUUAUCUUCACUAAAAAAUUACUUUCGUAAAGUAAAUAUUUACUAUUCUGAUUCUAAUCUAACUCUUGAACAGCGUGAUCAUGAAAAUCGUUCGAAUAUAAUCGCUACUCGAAUCUUUUUGAUUGUUCUUAUAAUUACUCUUAUCAUCUUUAUUUUGGCUUUUCAAUUAAGUUUCCGAACAACAACUGUUACAGUAUCUAAUCCAACUCAAGAACAAUUUGAAAAUUUACCUUUUACUACAUAUUGUCCAUGUUCUCGUAUUUCUAUAUCUUAUGAUCAAUUUACUAGUAUUAAUGUGAGAUUUCAUCAAGUUUGUUCAAGUGAUUUUAUUUCUGAUCGAUGGAUUCAAACUAUUUUUACCGGUUCAAAUACAACAUAUUUUUAUCUUAAAGAUUUUCGUACUUAUGGAAGUGCAGCCUUUCAAGCACUUGCAAGUUUUUGUCAUCUCUCAAAAACCAGUGCACUUCAAAGUGUUACUUUAUUCAAUCAAAUGUCAUUUAUUAGCCCAGAAACAUUGACUCAAUCAGUAUUUCAAUCACAAAUUGAUGCAUCGAUUGAACAAUUUCAAUUAACAACACCUAAUGAAUUCAAAAUUCAAUUAAAUUUAGUACAAGCAAUAACAACUCAUAGUAAAUUACAGAGUGGUGUUCAAACAAAUUCUCGUUUGAAUUAUUUCCUUACAGAUAAUCAGCAAUUCACUGUAACGAGAGCUUCUUUCAGAUAUGUAUCUAUUAGUGGUAAUUAUUGCUAUUGCACUGUUGAUUUUAAUUGCCAGCUACCAUCUGUAAUAUAUAAUUUAUACGGAGCAGCUACUCAACUUACUGUGAAUAGUAAUCCAAAGAUAUUAAUGCGUAUUAAUAGAUUUAAACUUGGUUGUUUACCGGUGAACGCAAUUCUUUUAUCAACACUUGAAUGUUUUUACAAUCAAACAUGUUUGAAUCAACUUAUUUCGUUUUUUCCUACAAAUGAAAAAUUUCUUGCAAUGAAUUUUUCCGAACAAAGUCGUUUUGCAAUUAAUUCAACUGUACAAAUGAUUGUUGAUGAACUUAUGAUAGAAAAAUGGAUAACAAAUAUUUCUUAUGAUAAAUAUUUUAAACAAUGUGCACCUAAUUUAUGUACUUAUACAAAAAAUGAAAAAUAUACUUUCACAUUUAUAUUAAGAAAGAUUAUUAGUCUACUUGGUGGAUUUACAUUAGUGUUGGGCUUUAUUAUUCGACUUAUAGUGGGAUUUAUCAGACGAUUACCAAGAACUGAACCUAUUACAUUGUGUCAACGGAUUAAUUAUCUUUUUCGAAAAAUAUGGACAAAAUUAAAUAUGUUUAAAUAUCAUGAAAGUAAUGAACAUGAAGAGAGAUAUCAACGGCUGAGUACACGUUUAUAUAUAUUUAUUCUCAUUAUUACUUUAAGUAUAUUGAGUGUAUAUAUAUUAAUCGAGAAAGGAAUUCAUCGUAUAACUAUUUUAAAACCAACAGAAAAUCAAUAUAAACAUUUUCAACAAAGCUAUUCUAAUAAAAGUAUAUGUCCCUGUUCUUCUAUUACAAUGACUUAUGCAAAUUUUAUUACUAUUCAACCAUAUUAUCAUCAAGUAUGUUCAAGUGAUCUUGUUUCUUCUCAAUGGAUUCAAUACAACGCGAAAACUACUACAGGUCUUGCUUACGCAAUUCUUGAUUAUAGACUCAAUUCACAGCCGCAAUUUCAACUGCUUGCAAUGUUUUGUCAACAUCAAGCUCAACAAAUAGUUGAUAAUGGUAUUAAAACAUUUCUUCAAACACAAUUUGUUUCUUCACAAAUCGAUUCUCAAGAUCUAUUUGAAUCAAAAAUCAAUUUAUCGAUAUCUGAUUGGCAAUUAUUAAUGUUAAAUAGAUAUCUACGUCCUAUUAAUAUCAUUCGAACAAUAGCUCAAGGAAAUUUAUUAAUGAAUUCCGGUUUAAAUUACAAGUUUUCUACAACAAACUCAACUUAUAGAAGUAUAAAAAUAUUAACAACCAACUAUUCGAAUUGUUUAUGUGCAUUAUCUUCCCAGUGUAUGCAAAUUAUGGAUAUAUAUACACAGAAUUCGUCUACUUCUCCAUUUAUACGAACAUUGCGAAUUCGAAAUUUUUAUAUUGGUUGUUCUUCUGUUGAAUCUUUACUUAACUCAACUUUAGAAACUUUUUAUAAUCGAAGUGCUAUGCUUGAAAUCGAUCAAUAUUUAUAUGCUCCUCUCGGAUCAUCUUUCAAUUUUUCUGCUUUAAAUCCAACAUUAAGUUUACCAAAUGAAACAGUUGAAACCAUCGUUAAUCGACUUAUGAUUGAUUCAUGGUCAUUAAAUAUUUCUUUUUCUUCAUAUUACCAAGCAUGUGCUCCAUUAUCAUGUACAAUUGAAUAUAUUGGUAAAAAUAAUAUAUUAGAUGUUAUUACAUCUAUCAUUGGUAUAUUUGGUGGAUUAUCACUUGGAUUAAAACUUUUUUUUAUUCUUAUUCUUCGUUCUAGUGAAAAAAUAAGGAAUAAUCUCUCAUUUAUUGCAAUGAAAACGGUGAUAAAAAACUUAUUUAUAUGUUACAAUCAACAACAAAUGAUCACUCGACUUCAAAUAUUUUUUCUUACAAUAUCAUUAUACUCUAUGGGUUUAUCAAUGGGACGUGGAACUGUUGGAUCAGAUGAAGAACGAUUCAAAGUAUUUGAUCGAUCAAUUGAACUUGGAUGUACUUUUUUUGAUAGUGCUGAUAUAUAUGGCGAUAGUGAAGAUCUUUUAGGAAAAUAUUUUAAAAAAUAUCCUGAACAACGUAAAAAGGUAUUUCUUGCAACAAAAUUUGCAAAUAUUAUUUCGGCUGAUUUGAAAACUGUCUCUAUUCGUGGUGAUGUGGAAUAUGUUCGUCGAGCAAAUGAAAAAAGUUUAAAACGUCUUGGUCUUGAUUAUGUUGAUCUUUAUUAUGCACAUCGUAUUGAUAAAACUGUUCCAAUUGAAGAGACAGUAGGUGCAAUGAAAGAACUUGUUAAUGCUGGUAAAGUUAAAUAUCUUGGUUUAUCUGAAUGUUCAAGUGAUACACUUCGUCGCGCAUAUGCUGUUCAUCCAAUUGCUUGUGUACAAAUUGAAUAUUCACCAUUUAGUUUAGAUAUUGAACGAGAUGAAAUUGGUUUACUGAAAACAUGUCGUGAACUUGGUGUAGCUAUUGUUUGUUAUUCACCUUUGGGUCGUGGUGUACUUAGUGGACAAAUUAAAAGUCCAGAUGAUUUAGAAGAAGGUGAUUUUCGAAAAAUGUUACCGCGUUUUUCUAAAGAAAACUUUCCAAAAAACCUUGUACUAGUUAAUCAAUUAACAGCAUUGGCUAAAGAAAAAGAUUGUACUACCGGUCAAUUAACAUUGGCAUGGAUACUUGCUCAAGGUGAUGAUUUUAUUCCAAUACCUGGUACAUCAAAAAU